AUGAGGAUAAGUAUCGAAUUCUCUUUGUCUGACCGGGAGGUGGUAUUAGAGGUGCCGUGGAAGGGGAAAGCUUGGGGUCAAGCAUCACUGAAAAAUGAGGGGAAAGCAAUAUUUUUCUUUUCGCUUAAUUUACACUACGAAGAACGACAGAACAAGGGCUUCUACGCAUGGCCUGUUCACGGCGUGGUUCUACCUGGGGAUAUUAAAAUAUUGCAUUUUGGGUUCCACGCUAGCAACGAAAGGGGGCUCCAAUACUGUGACUGGCAAUUAGACAUAUAUUCGAGUGACGAAGGCCCCGAUCCAGCUCAGUUCACUUCAGUAGGUACGCCAGAUGAGAAAUUUACGACAAUCAUCUCCACGGUUGCCGCUGUUGCACCUUGUGUCCGCCCGAUAGAACGACUAUGGAACCAGAAUCAUUUAGCCCUCAAAUGUCAAUCAAUUCGAGCAGCAGAAUACAUAUUGCACCUACUCGUGAAGGAGGUAGUUAGGUGUGCUCUCAAGCAGGAAGAACGCCUUCCACUUACUGCUUUCUCCAAAUUUAUGGUGUUAAAGUUUGUUAAUCAUCACAAGUGUUCCAGCACUGCGCAUGGAUCUGAUGCCUACUUCUCGCUACAUGUGCUUGCUGUACUUGCCUUUGCUGCAGGUUUGCGCUUCCCUUUUUCCGGGAAAGGCUUUUUCGGUCUGCGAGAUCAGCAACUCAGCCUCGUGCCAUCUCCGCCAUUCGUGCAUUCAUCUGCAUCGCUGCACAAUGGGCUGAACGCACUUCAGCUGACAAAAGCUCAGCAGCUCGAACUGUUGCACUUUCAUUUUAAUACAGCGUCGGAUGGGUUCUCGAAGGAACUGCUUCCAGAAGGAAAAGAGACCGAAGCGCACAUACCUACAGAGAGUAAAGCUAACUCAAAAGCGGACACACAAAAUUGGGAUGUUGCUGCAUCAAAGGCAGGCAUCAGCGCUUUCGCAGUGCAGCUCCGGCAGCAGGAGCCCUUGGUGCAUUCUUCACAACAGCCUCUGCAGCGGCAGGAGUACUCGUGGAUUCUUCAGCAGUCCUUUUACCAAUGCAAUAACGCCUCCCUUUAUUGCGAAGAGGAAGAGAAAGUGCAGGAGCUAGCAGCGCUGUUUUCACAAACGCCCCUAUACAAAGCACUGAGCACCGCCCUUGAUGCAUUCCCGAUUGCAUUGUCGCAGGCGCUAGAUCUUGCUGGUAUCGUAGGAACCGAAGGUGUUAAUAUCGUACUUGCGGCUGCAGAUGAAAAGAGACCGCAGAGUGGGCGGGUUUUAAAGCGUUCAAUAAAUCGAGGAAGGCACGACAGUAGAACAUCAGACGACGGGAACACAAAUUCAGCAACAGCACUAGCAGCAGCAGCUGUCACCGCAGUCACUCCUGUUUCUGGAAGAAGCGUUCGAACACAAAACGACCUUCAUACAGCUCAACAGAUUGCAGAGCGAUUGUUACAGUGGCUCCUAAGCGAUAUUUUUGCCACGGUUGAACCCCAGCUGGCUCUGCACGCAGCAGCAAAGACUACUGCAAUCGGAGGUGUCGUUGCUGAGACAGCAAGGCUUCAGCAUAGGCGACAUCCCCACUGGAAAGCACUUCAUCAGCUCCUUCAGCGAAUUCCACUUACGGUUUUAUUAGACCCACGCGUUACCCACAUGGCCGAAUACCUCUAUAAGAAGCAGGCAAUUACCGUCAGAAACUGUCAGAUGGUCGUUGUCUUGUUUGACGGAAAAACUAUGGAAGAGUUGAUUCUUUUGCUGCAACAGAGGCCAACAGCUGGACAAAGACUCUGGAUGCAAGAGUUGCUGCAGGAGCGCCUACGCUUCCUUGGACGAUUGCUACUGGAUACAAAGAGGGGCGCCUUGUUGUGUCUGGAGAUAUCUCCACAGUUCCAGGAACACUUUGAACUUCAACAGCCUCUCCUAUUGCAAAAGCUAACAGAAGAGCUGGUUACAGGAUAUGUUCUCCCAAUAAUUCUGGCUGGGAAUCAACAGCAGCAUCUGUUGUCUAUUGUCUGUCUCAACACCACAGAAGAGCUGGGCUGCUUGGUAGAUGAAGCAUUUUCUAGAAGAGAGCAGUGCGCAACCAGCUCUCCAGCUGAAUCGAGUCAACAAGGAUCAACAGCUGUUCAGUACGAUGAAGAAGUUGAAGAGUCAAGGUGUCUUUUCGUCGUCCCCUCUUGGUACCGAUUUUCUGCUGCAGCCAUGGAAAGGCUAUCGAAUUUGCAGAACAAAGUCCAAAUAAGCUUGUUACUUUCGGCGCCUGAAGAAAGGGCGGCAAAUGAGAAUGCUGCAGUUAUAUCAACAACUGCACCAGCAGGCAAAAGCAACUACUUAGCGGUGCAGCGGGAGUUGUCGGAACUGGUGAAAGUGCUUGGCAUUAGCUGCGUCGUCCUCGAUUCCCCCUCACAUGCUAUGACAGUGGAACAGCUGACAGCUGAGACAACAGAACAGGAUAUGGAAAAAGAUCCAGCUGGGGCUCUGGCCUACGCUGCCGCAGCACAAGCCAACAGUCCAUGGGUUCUACAUGUUCCAGUUACAAAGGCGCUUGGCUUUUAUGUAGUGUCGUACAUUCAGGCUGCUUGCCUGCUGUUAGGCGUUGAUCCUCUUACCCUCCAGCAGAGAACAUCAGAAGCUAUUAUGGACUGGAAAGACGAGUCGCAGAAGAGAAUUUCUCUCGAUGCAGCGAUUAUUGCAGCAAAGCGCCGAAUGCAGCGGCAUCUGAAGCCCCUAGCCACUGCUAGAGGUAGCUGCUGCUCUUAUGAGCCUGCAUCCAACGAAUUCCCGCGACGCACAGCAGAUAGUUCUAGCGGUAGCACGAUAUUUACCCCUAGGCCAGAUGGACUAGCGAAUAAUGCCAUUCCAGCUGCAUUGCCACAGGAAACGCUCCAUGUAGCCAGCGCCUUAUUUUGUAGUUACUGGGAUACUGCGUUCCCAACAUCGCCAGGACUUGCGGAAGCUACGGGCACUCCUGCUUGUCAGAGCUCUUUACUCAACUGGGCAUCAUUGCAGCUACAGCAACUGAGGACGCUUGUGUCAGGGACAAUCGUGUCCACCGUCCUGCUAGCAGGCGACCUAGUGAGCCUUAUUUGCGGACUUGCACUGAACGGCGACAUUGAAUUACGCCAGAGUCACCUAGAUUUAUUACACCAGAAAGGAGACGAGCCGCUUGGUCUAGAUGAGAAAGCUGAUGCAGCAGCUGCAGCUGCAGCAAAAGCAGCUGCUGCAGAUGCUGAGCAAGGCCUGCCUAGGGGAUGGCUGAGGCUAUGCCAGACAGCAGUAGCACACGCUCCUGAAUGUAACAUUAGCAGAGGCACCAGCAACAUUUUUAUGAUCCAUCCCUCUGUGCGCGGACUCUGGCCACUCCACGAUUUCUUGAGGAAGCAACUAGUAGCCCUCUUGGAAAUUGCGGAGGAAAGAAAAGUCUCAAUUCACUUGCCGAGUGAGGUGUUAUUUCAUCUCCAUUCACCACGCUCCAGUGCUGGUGUAGCACCUCUUUCCACUGAGAUGCCAACACGAGGGCGCAGAAGCAGUGAUGUCGGAACAGGAGCACACCGCAAUAUUAUGAAGAGGGCUCGAAGUGCGUCUAAACCAACAGCAUCUGAGGCUUGUUCUGUGGAAGAAACAAAAGAAGGAGUAGAAGCAUCUGCAGUUGAAGACAUCAAGGAAGCCCCUAUGUUUGUGGUGUGCCACCUACCCCCGUCACAACUCCUCUGGGACGUUCUCCGCAGCAGAUGCACUAAUUUAGGUGAAUCGUGUGAUGACGUGAGCUGCCAAGGAACAGCAGUGGGGCAUCAACUUGCGGAGCAGCCCGCAGACGCCGAAUCCAUUGGGACAUACGUGACACUGACACCGAACGCAAUCACAGCAGCAGCUACAUUAUUUAGAAGACCAAGCUUUUUUUUAUGGCUGGGUGCUGGCCUAAGCAGGCAGACGGAUGGGUUGGAAAGCCUAUUGGAUGCUGCACGGAUGCCUGACGCUACACUACUCAUGAUGCAAAGUCUUAGAGCCUCUGACGAGUACAUCCGGGGAACAGUGCCCUUUAAACAAGAUAGAUCCCCGGCAGCAUCCUUCCUCAGCAGUAGCGUAACCAACAGCAAUAGCAGAACCUGUACAGCAGAUCUCAGUGAAGUGCAGGCAAAGAUAUGGACACGCCACGUGCUCCUUUUCGGGUCCAUAGCAAAAAACAGAUGGCUUCUCACUGAAGGAAGGAAGGUGCGAGUGGAGACAUUUAUUGACGAAAGACCGUUGCUUCAUAUGUUGCAAGGAAGAAGACUACUGAACAUACUUCUGGCCGAUAAUGCUUUUAGUCUUCAGAGUCACGUGGGGCUACAAAAUUCCUUCGCAAUAGACAGCGCACUCAAAACUGUUACAGAGUUUUUUGAAAGGCUGUUCUUUGAUAAAGGAAACACUUUCUGGCCGCUCCAUUCCUAUACCGCUACAGAGAUAUAUCCAAGCCUAGCGAGCCUACGAGGCAACACAGCACAGGCAAUGAAAUCGAGGUACAGUGAUCUCACUUGUGUGUCGCACAUUGCUUGUGAAAAACAAGAGGCGAUACCUGUACCCCUAUCUGCAGGGACUUCAUUCAAUACGAUUGUGGCUCCAAUUGUACGUUGUGCGGAAAGUCGUACCCGUGUCACUUUUGCUGCUUUGUUCAGCAGAGCGCCACCUCCUGGGGUAUUGCGAGAGUGGGGUUUCAGCAUCAGCCUUAAUGACAGAAAAUAG